ACAAAUCACUCGCAACAUUGAAACCUUCAGGUUGUCAAUGGCCAUCAAUAUGUAUAGAACUGUCAUAUUAUUAUUGAUGAUACAUCUUGUUCAAUCUAGAGAUGAAACUGUGAUUAAUUUCGUAAGAGAUUUUAUCGUGUACGAGCAAAAACCAACAGAUUUAGUUCUCAGCGGAUUAUGUUGGGAGAAACAUAACCAAAUUAAAUUGGUGAAUACAGUAUCAAAGAUAGGCGUUAGAUCAUCAAGUUUUUCAAAGUUCAAAUGCAAAUUUCAAUUUCAUUUUGUGUUACUUCUUAUAGACUUAAGCUGCCCUGGUACUGAACACGUUUUAUUAAAUGCAACUGAUGAAAAACUUUUUGCGUCCCCAUUCCGUUGGUUAGUUCUCUCUAACGAAAACUCUGGUAGGUCAAGAGAGAUCUUGUACAGCAGACCACUGUUACCAGACAGCGAGCUAGUAUUAGCUGAACAGACUGCUGAAGGAUUUAAAUUGAUUGAAUUACACAGACCCUCUAUCAAUAUCUCGAUGAUAUCAACACCGAGAGGCUUCUAUAACGGGUCUUUGGUCGACACCAGACCUUACAAGAAUUUGUUUCGAAGAAGAAGGGACCUAAAAGGUCAUUAUCUUACGAUAUCAAAUGUGAUACAAGAUAGUAACACAACAAAAUAUCAUCUUGUUCAAGAGGACAGACAAGAACUCCAAUACGAUGCAGUAGCAAAAAUUUGCUGGAUAUCUGCUCUACAUGCUUUUGAGAUGUUGAACGCAACUCCAAGAUACAUCUUCAGCUACAGAUUUGGAUAUAAAGUCAACGGCCAGUGGUCCGGCAUGAUACACGAUAUACAGCUGAAUAAAGCGGAUUUGGGUACCAACUGCGUGGUGUUCAUCGAUCGCAUGGAAGUGGUUGCAUAUACUGACACAGUGGCGCCCAUGCGUAUGCGCUUCGUGUUCCGACAGCCCCCUCUCUCUUAUGUCUCCAAUAUAUUCUCCCUCCCUUUCUCGAGGAAUGUUUGGAUUGCUAUAGCCGUGUGCUCCGUGGCUUGUACUGCAACGUUCUAUCUCACCAGCAAAUGGGAACUCAAGUUUGAAACGAACCCAACACAGUUGGAUGGCAGUAUUGGUGACGCGCUGCUGUUAACAAUGAGUGCUGUCACUCAACAAGGCUGUUACAUUGAACCAAGAAGGAUGCCAGGUCGAGUAAUGGAAUGGGUAUUCUUUGCGGGAUUAAUGGCACUCUACGCAGCGUAUUCAGCCAACAUCGUUGUCCUGCUGCAAGCACCUUCCAACUCCAUCAAAACAUUGGCCCAGCUCGCUACUUCCAAAAUCGAUUUGGCAGCUAACGAUUUAGACUACAAUCGAUUCGUGCUAAGUCCUGCACAAACUCUCACAGAUCCAAUACACCAAAGUAUCCAUGACAGAAUCGACGAUGGAAAUGGAAAAGGCAAAUACUACCACAUUUACGAAGGAGUUGAGAGAAUAAGAAAGGGUCUGUUCGCUUUCCACUCUAUAGUGGAACCAGUUUAUCAUCGCGUUGAGAAAACAUUCCUGGAAUCGGAGAAGUGCGAUCUAACUGAAGUGGACUUCAUCAACAGUUUUGACGCCGCCACUCCUGUGAAGAAAGACUCACCGUACAUAGAACUGCUUCGAGUCGUAUACAAGCAACUCCGUGAGGUCGGUAUUUUGUCAGUGCUUAACAAACGCCUCCAAACACCGAAGCCACACUGCUCAAACAAGCUGGCAGCAUUCAGUAGCGUGGGUUUGAUGGACUUGAUACCUGUUUUGCUGCUCAUGAUGUAUGGCAUCCUAUUCUCGAUCCUCAUCAUGCUCUUAGAGAUGGCACAUUACAGACUAAAUAACUAUUAUCAAGUGAAAAGAAAGCUGAACUGGUGGUAGUAACAGGCCUAAGCGAAAAGGCAUAAACUUUAGGCAUCUAUGAUGCGUUAGACCGCAAAUCAAACAUUGGCAUAUUUAAGAUAGAAAUUUUCAAGCCUGACACUUUAAAAAUGGCACAAAUACAUACUCUUAGACAUAUUUUAUGUGCAUAGCUAAAACUCUGCUCGGAUCCUGGGUGAGCACCAGAGAAUUCUGAUAUAAGAACGAAAUUAAAUAUGCUUAUCAUAAGCAUCAUCAGAAUUUUUUAUGGUAUUGUCGCUGCAUUAAAUUAUACUGAAAUUUUUUCAAAAGAGAUUGGAUCAGGUAACUUCGAUAAUGUAGUGCUGGAAAUGCCUUACGCUGAUAAUUGUUUGAGUAAGGUCUUCCUUUAAUGCGAAGAGUUACUUUCUAAGCCACUUUCGUUGUGUACAGAUACGAAGAUCUCUGAUAUGACUUACACAAAUACACUUACGCGAACAUGAAUUUGUAAAUUAAAAAAGUUAGAUUUAUACUUUAAUGAUGCAAUUUUAGUUAGUGAACAAUUUCAGUCUUGGAGGUUUGUAUGUACUAAUUCAUAGCAAACACUGACAGCAUCAUAUUACAUUAGUCGAUUAUGUUCUAUACUAUGGUUCUAUACUUGCACUUGUAAAAUAGCCA